CGGUACGGGAGGAAGUAAGCUAACCCUGUCCCAUUUUAACAACAGCAUUUUUACUUAUUGUAGGCCUAACGUUGAGAUAUGCGGUCGAUAGCAGUAAUUACACCUUGUGCGUCGGACCCUUCGAUAGUUUUGAGGAGUGGAGCAUCAUGUCGAGGAGGGAAAAAUACGCCUCGUUCCAACUGAAAAAUGGAGAGCUGUCCCAGUCCGCUGAGCUGAAAAAUGGGAGCAAGCGCGUCAGUAUCGCUCUGCAAUGACCCAUCUUCAGUGAGAAUCCUGAGAUCCGGUGCUAAGGUCAGCCCGGAGCCUGUUGCUCCCAGCCAGGUUUCAGAGCCUGAACUGGCCUCCAGGUGUGUGUUUGGUGUUGCCUUGGGAACACUGAGAGAGGCCGGGCAGAUGGUCUGUGGAAUACCCCUUGUGCUAAGAGACAUGGUGGAGUUCCUGGAUAAGAAAGGAAUGCAGCACAGAGGUCUAUUCCGUCUGUGUGGCUCAGUGGUGCGGACCAGGCAGCUGAGGCAGCGGUGGGACAAUGGAGAGAGGGUGGACCUGGAGCAAGAACAAGAUGUCCCCACUGUGGCCUCGCUCCUCAAACUCUUCUUUCGGGAGCUUCCCACCCCCAUAGUUCCUGAACCCCAGCGCAAACAGCUGGUCCUGAGCCUCACAGGAUAUGCGGAUGAAGCAGAGAUGAACCAUUCUCUGAGAGAAAAUCUUUGCCACCUCCCUGAUGAAAACCUUGUUAUUUUGUCUUACCUCAUCCACUUCCUGUCCAGAGUGGCUGCACACAGCCAGUCAAAUCACAUGCCUGUGGAAAAUCUGGCAACCAUCUUUGGGCCUUGUAUAUUCCAUGUUCCAGCAGGACCCAGGAUGCUGGAGGACCAGAGUGUCUGUAACGCCCUGUUGCUUCACCUUCUCAGGCAUCAAAAGGUUCUGCUUCCAGUGACCUCCUCGAUCGCCUCCUCCUCACCCCCUCCUCCUACUCUCUCUGCUCUUUCGCACUUUGAGGUCCGACGCAGCAGCUGUCACUCAGAGCAGAGUAGCGUCGAGUGGUUGGAGGGAGAGACCACCUCAGUCUCAGCGACCUGUGCUUUUAACCGAACGGUAUGGAUGCGGCCUGAACUGAACAGUCCUGACACACUGGCGCAGGGUUGUGAAACCGGCUCUGACGUCAGCGCUGACAUUCAGAGGCUGAUUCCAGACCAGGAGGCUCUGGAUGAGAGCUGUGGAAGUGCAGAGGCAGGCUGUGUGCUCUCCUGCACUGCUGACCCAGGGUCAGAACAACACCCACACCAGUGCAGACCAUCCCAAAGCAUCCAGGGAGAGGCACCAGAGUUGGAGCGUACCACCCAGGGGAGCUUUUCACAAUACAAGAUGCCACCAUUCGCCUUCAUAUCAAAGGAGAAAGCGGGGGAAGAAGCAGAUGAGGUGGAGAAUCGAAUGACAUGUUCCUCAUCCAUCACAGACAUCUGUUCAGCGGCUUCUGCAGAUGCUGGGCAGACUUCGUCUAUUUCAGACUGCUGCAUAGCGAGCGAAUCACAGAGCAAAACCAGAGCACAGACUCAGCUCACAGAGAGCAUGCUGUGCUGCAUGGAGUACCAGACAGAGGUCACAACAGCGUCUGAGUGGAAGGGGAAAGGAGCAGGGGGGUGUCGUGGUUCUCCUGACAGACACAGUGAUUGCAGAGGCAGGAACAGCAGCCAUGACAGCCCAUCCCUCAAGCUUCAAGCCCUGGAGGCUGACUUGGGACCCCUGGCACCACCGUUAGACCCCCAAGCUCAGGAUAACCUGCCUGCCCAGCAACAACCUCUUUCUACCGAAGAUCAGAGCCUGUAUUUGACCAACAAGCUGCUCCUGCACCCGGCAUCAUCCCCACCAGCUCAGGCUCAGCAGACGGUCGACUCAUCACAGCCUGCACACACCCCGUCCCCUCACUCAUCAGCGUCCAGUCCUGUCCUCUCCACUGCCAUUCCCUCUGAGGGGAUUUCAGGUAAUGACACCCUGCCGAGCCCACCAGGUCCUCACACUAGCCCACUCCUCUCCCGUUUUACAACCAGCGACUGCCCUGUACCGUCUCCGCGCUGCCCCAGCCUCAGUCACAGCCUGCGCUACAACCUCGACCCUGAUGUAGCCCCUUCUCCACCGUGCUCACAGCACAUACGCAUGGCUCGUGGCAGUGUCCAUACAGAGCUGGACGAGGGCUCUGUGUCCAUCUCAAUGCUCAACAGACACAUUCACACCCUGAGGAAGAGGAUCAGGCGCUUUGAGGAGCGCUUUGAGCAGGAGAAGCACUAUAAGCCGGCCUACAACGACAAGACGGCACAUCCAGAGGUGGCCAGGCUGAUGAAGGAGCUCAUCAAGAGUCGCAAGCAGCUCAAAGAGCUGAAGCUCAGACAGUCAGAAGAGGGGGGGCCAAGAGGGCAGGGAGGCCCCAACUCAUCAGCUGAAACAUGCAGGACCAACAUAGACCAGAGGGAGGCAGCGCUAACAGGGACUGAGCUGCAGCAGCUUAACAACAACAGCAACACCAAGCCAAAUGUGGAGGAGACGGUCAACGCAAUAAGCAACAGACUGAUGGAGAGACGGCGAGAGCUGGGCCUGCCUGACAGCGUUAAGGAGAUGUCCCAUUUCCAAAGGACUAUGGAGAAGGCCAGCCUGCAGAAGUGUUUGCUCUACUUUGAGAGUCUGCACGGACGACCGAGUACCAGGCAGGAGCGAACUUUGAUGAAGCCUUUCUAUGAUCGGUACCGCCUUCUCAAACAGCUGCUGCUUUCUUCUGCUGCCGCAACUGUCAUUACGACCAUUGAGGAAGAGGAAGGCUCUGAUGAAGAGUAUCCCAAACAGAGAAGUCCAAAGCAACAGCCUCCCCGGCUGAAGUCCCCCAGUUAUGUGUCUUCAGAUGAGUCGGCGGAUCUGCCGUCCAUAGAAAUGUGUGAAACACCUCUUGUGUCCCCGCUGGAGGAGGUGAAGAGCCUCCAGCCACAGAUCAUGACCAUGGCAACGUUACAUGAAGCUUCCAGGCCAGAAUUACUGGAUCAUCUCAGGCUGGCUCGAUCAGAGAAGCGGAGGCUUCACCAAGCGCUCCGUGAGUUCGAGGACCAGUUCUACAUGCAGACCGGCAGGGCUUGUCAGAAGGAGGACCGUGGACCAAUGGCAGAGGAGUACUGCCAGUAUAAGAACCUCAAAGCGAAGCUCCGUCUACUGGAGGCCCUGCUCAGUAAACAACAGGACUCAACCAAGACCAGUUGAGUGAACUCACAGUGGGACUUUAUCAAACUUAACAGGACUCGACCAUUUCUAAAAAAUAAAGGUGUGAAGUCGGUGGGUCUGGUCUUGUUUCAUGCCAUGCUCAUUAUGUUGAUGCACUUUACAAGAAGAAAACUGAUGGAAAUUGGUGACAAUCUGAAUUAAAUGCUGGGCGACUGCCAAGUUUUUCCAGUCCCAGAAACACAUCCCCUGUCAUUCAUGAAACAUCUUAUAAUAAACCUGAUGUAGCAAGUGUAUUUUAUGUAGCACUAAUUUAUGUCAAAGAUGAAGAGCUGUAACAACUCAAUGUUAGUUACAUAUUAGUCAUUUUAAAGAUUAACGUAUGUAUAUUAUGGCACUUUGUUACUUGCUUUUUUCCAUGCCAAAAUACUAUUUUUGGACAUGUUUGUCCAUAGUUAAGGUGGAAAUUGCAUUUCUAAAAAGUGCUAUCUUGGCAAAAAAAAACAAAAAAACAAAAGUGUAAGCUUAAAUGCAAUCAAUGAGACAAUCCUGUCGUGUUUGUGCAUGUCAGUUUUUUAGUCCUACAUUGUGCUAUGAUAUGCAUUAAGAAUUUCAUAGUUGAUCUAAAUUGUUCAAUUUGUACAUGUUCACCUUGGUAAAAAUGUGAACUUGAACUGGUGAAUGUUGGUGUAGUGCAAGUUAUAUCUGCUCUCAAAUUUGUGUUUAUCCCCUCAUUUUGCCCAUAUGAAGUUAAUUUCCCCUAAAUGCAGUUGUUGACAAUGAUCAGAGCUUUUGACAUUGUGCACUUCCGGUUUAUAUAAUUUUCUAUAUAUAUAUAUAGAUAUAUAUAUGAAUGUAUCAAUAAAAAUAAAUAUUUUUUCACAUUUAU